AUGGUCCAAUUGAGUCCAGUUAUCACAGAAAAUGAGUCAAGCAAGGUUCACCCUGGAAUUCACCAAUUACUACAGCAAUAUGCUACAAUCUUUCAACCUCCCACAAGUUUACCUCCUGCCGGAGAACAAGAUCAUAGAAUUGAACUUGUGCCUAACACCACAGCCAUCAAUGUUAGACCAUACAGUCCAACCUUGGAUGAGCAUCUAAGACAUUUACAGCUGGUCUUCGAGAAGUUGCAGCAGCAUUCACUAAAAGUAAAAGAGAGUAAGUGCUGCUUUGGGGUCAAACAAGUUGAAUACCUUGGCCACAUCAUAAGUGCAGAAGCAGUGGCUGUAGACCUUUCAAAAAUUGAAUGCAUCAAGAAUUGGCCUAAACCCAAGACCUUGAAAGGAUUAAGAGGUUUCCUUGGUCUAGUUGGUUAUUACAGGAAAUAUGUUAGACAUUUUGGGAGUAUUGCUAAACCUUUAAUAGUUGUUAAUGUCUAA